GGAAGGUCUUCUCUUCACUCUCUCGGCCUCCGUCAGUCAGCGGAACGAGGAGAGACACGAGGAAAACACGUCCGUACUGAGUAGGUGCAGGUUAUGGUCCAUGGGUGUGAGUCGACUGGAUGUAUUCUACAGAAGGCUGCUCCUCUCCAAACUCUUCAUUGGGGGAUGGGGGAAGCCUGAAGACCUCAAGAGAAUCUUUGAGUUCCGUAAGAUCAUUGGAGACAGAGAGAGGUGCAGGUCCCUGGUUCCUAAAGACUAUCCAGUGCACAUAAACAAGACAGAGGAGCACAUUGACUGUCACAUCCACAAUGGGUUCUUCAUCUCUCCUCUGGAACACUUUGUUCCUGGAAUCCUGCCACCAGAGGCUGUCAAAGCCAGGUUCCAGUUCAUAGUCCCUAAGCGGUGGCAGAAGAACAGGCCGGUAUGCAUCCACCUGGCAGGGACAGGAGACCAUUUUUUCUGGCGGCGGAGGACCCUGAUGGCCAGGCCCAUGAUCAAAGAGGCCGGAAUGGCUUCACUGCUUCUGGAGAACCCUUAUUAUGGCUAUCGUAAACCCAAAGACCAACUGCGCUCCUGUCUGAAGAAUGUGUCCGACCUGCUUGUGAUGGGAGGGGCUUUGAUCCUGGAGUCAACGGUGCUUCUCCGGUGGCUGGAGAGAGAGGGUUACUGGCCACUAGGAAUGACUGGUAUCUCCAUGGGAGGAUAUAUGGCGUCCCUGGCAGUGACCAACUGGCCCAAGCCCAUCCCUCUGAUUCCCUGUUUGUCCUGGUCCACUGCCUCCAGUGUCUUCACCACGGGAGUGCUGAGCAAAGCAGUGAACUGGAAAGAGCUGGAGAAGCAGUAUGCCAUUAACUCAGUGUACGAAGAAGAGAUCAUCAAGCUGUUGGACUACUGUGGUGCUGAUUCCUUUAAGAUGGGUCCAGACUUUUCCAAGAACGUGGACUCUUUGGAGCAUCUGUUGGGCCUGUCCGGAGAUUACAGAGGAAGCCUUCAUGAUAACAACACACUGCAAGGGAAGAAAACGGAUUUAGCCAAAUGUUGUCGGCCAUCGCUGCAUAGAGAGUCCAUAAGCUUCAUGAAGGCAGUGAUGGACGAAUGCACACACAUGGCCAACUUCUCUGUCCCUGUAGACACCAGUCUCAUUGUCGUGGUCCAGGCCAAAGAGGACGCCUACAUCCCCCGUACAGGGGUCCUCAGUCUGCAGGAGAUCUGGCCCGGAUGUGAAGUCAGAUAUCUGAAUGGAGGACACAUCAGUGCAUACCUGUUCAAACAGAACGUCUUCAGGCGGGCCAUAUACGAUACAUUCGACAGAUUCUGCCUCAAGUAUCCCAACCUGCACUAGCCGUGUCGGGCUGAAGCCAUGUCCUCCCUGGAACAGCACUAGGAUCAGUGACUGGACAUUCCUGUCUGGAAAACCUGAAGCUUCACUUUCUAAUUCUUUGUAUCAGAUGAUUCUAGAAAGUGACUUAAACUGGAAAAAAUCAUUUCCACCAGUAUGUGGUUGUUAAACUAACACUCAGGCCUAUGGUCUCACUUUAGGAAGUGGACUUUAACCCUGUAGCAGUGCACAUUCUCCUAUUUUCACUGGUCCGCUGUAUUAAUAAUAUUUUAUGGACACACAGACACACCCUGUAAUAUUAUAUAUGGCCUACCUACGACGUCACUGAAGGGAAUCACAGGAAACAAAGCAGCUUGUCAUCUGAUCUGAUUAUCAGCCUCAGUGUUUACGGUUCACCCUCCUACAAUGGUGAGCUACUGCUACUUGGUACCCAACAUUUCUACUGCCUCUACUUCACACUAAAGGUGUGACAGGCUUUACUUAUUUCUAAAGCAGUAUUAAUGGAUGUUUACUGCACUUGGGAGCAGCAAGAUUUUGUAAACUUUAAGCUCUCUUUUCCCCAACUCUUUAGAAAAAUGUUUGCCUCUAACUGCUGGGUGCUCUUCUCUCUGUGUCUCUCUGCUGAUCUCUGCUAAAUUGGUUUAUCAGAGUUUUUUCACUGAGUUGGUGAUAAUUAUCUGUGGGUUUGUCACUAACAGCAACGCCUUUCAAAUUAGACAUAGUCCUUUUUAUUCCCUUUUAGAUACAAAAUAUAGCUUCAUUUUUUCACAGUUUUUAGUUAUUGGAUUUUUACGAAGAGGUCACACAGAGACCAGUAAUUGUGCGAUGAAGGGCACGACUGAAACAUAUGGGCAUGGGUAGCAGCAUCUUGAAUGGGAAAUUAUUUUAGGGCAAUUACAGCCGGCUCCAGUUAAAGGAAAUAAUAUCAAAUAAAGUCUAAAACCUGACAUAAGGCCAAAGAAAGGGAAUGUUCUAAGAGCAGCUGGUAGACACUGAGAGGUUAAAAACAUACAGAAGCUGCUCGUUUGCAUGGGGGAAACUUUCCGUUCAACACCAUUUCUGGUUACACUGGUUAUGUUAGGAUCAAAGCGGAGUGUACACUAAGAGAAAGAAAGAAGAAAAAAAAACAGUAAAAUUCCUUGUUUGUGCACACACACUUGGCCAACAAAGCAGAUUCUGAGUGCAAUAGCUAGCGACUCAAGGGCCGUAGCAAACAAGAGUGUUGGUUCUGACUGAAGCUAUGGGACAAAUUUCUUACCCAAGCCAAAUUUGUGCUGUAUUUUAAAAGAAAAAGACCAAUAAGACCAGGACAACAACAAACUAGUAGUUUUUUCUAACGUAUUUUAAAGAAAAGUCACUAGAGACCUGAGAUAUGUAAGAGUUAUUUUGAUUUGCUGAAUGCUAGACAGAAGUGAUGACGAAUAAUGUUGUAUUUUCCUGUGUGGCCUCAUGGUGGUGCUGUUGUCUCACCGUUACUCUGAAUAAAUACAGUGAUAAAAAAAAACUUUGUUUAAAUUGGCUUGAUGUCUGUAACGUUGGAGGACGAAAAAUGACAUAAGUAUAAAUAAAUAUAUAAAUGCAUAAAUGCUUAAAUAAAUGUUUGAGUACAGACGUUAAUAAAUAAAAUAAUAAUUAAAUGCUGAAAUAAAAUGAAAUUGCAUGUUCUCCCCGUGUCAGCGUGGGUUCUCUCCGGGUUCUCCGGCUUCCUCCCACGGUCCAAAGACAUGUGCCUUAGGUUAUUCGAUGACUCUAAAUUGCCCGUAGGUGUGGAUGUGAGCCUGAGUGGUUGUCUGUCUAUAUAUGUCAGCCCUGUGAUAGGCUGGUUACCUGUCCAGGUGAACCCGGCCUUCACCCAAU